UAUAUUCUUGGAAUUAGUUAUACACGUUGCAAUGUUUUGAAAUGCGGGCUUUUAUUUUUAACAUUUCCUCAUUACCAUACCAACCGGAAGUCAUCGUUUGUGCUGCUGGCAGAAUACCGGCUCGUCAUUUACGGCUUCUUCCACUUCGCAGCACAUCUCCAGAUAAACGCUAGAGAUGUUGCUGUGUGCUCUGGUGGGUCUGCUGCUGCUGUUCUCCUGUCUGGAUGUGUGGUACUUCCUGCGGGGGGUGGUGGUGGUGGUGCAGGCCUGGUUCCAACCCCCGGUCUGGGAUGUCCUGGCAGAGCAGAGUGUUGCUGGGAGGGUCCUACCUCAUGACCUGGACUAUAUGGGUCACAUGAAUAACGGCAGAUACCUCCGGGAGUGUGACUUCGCCAGGUUCCACCAUUACAUGCGGAACGGGAUCUUUAAGGCCCUACGGACCCUGAAGGCCACCAUGGUGGUGGGGGCCUCCACUAUUCGCUACCGACGCUCGCUGGCCUUUGGGGAAGCAUUUGACUUGCGCACUCGCAUCGUGGCAUGGGACGACAAGUCAUUCUUCGUGGAGCAGCGGUUUGUCUCCCAGGGCGACGGGUUCAUCUCCGCGGUGAUGCUAUGCAGACAGAAUGUUCUCCGUAGCAACCCUGAGAGCAUCCUACAGCUGCUCUGCAAGAGGAAGGUGGAGUGUCCCGACUACCCUGAGGAUCUGCAGCAUUGGAUCAGCUUCAUCUCAGCCAGCAGCCAGGCCCUGAGAGCCCAGAGUGGUCUAGAGGACAAGACUGGAGCGCAGGAAGACAAAGACAAGUGAUACACACAUUCC